UUUUCUGCGUAUGAAACUCGUGACAAAGAAAGAAAGAAAGAGAGGGAGUAAUAUUUCCAAUCUGAUACGAAAUUCAAAUUACUUAUUUAUUUAUUUAUUUUAGGUACAAGAGUAACAAGACUACUAGUUCUAUGAUUUUGGCACUGUUGCCCAUUUGGGUACUCUGCUCCUUGUUUUCAGUUGUAAUAGCUGAAGAAGCAGUGCCCAUCUCCCAAGUUUAUGCUCGCAUUCACCCCCCAAAAGGAAUGGCUGAGGUUAGUGUAGAGCAACACAGAGAUUCAAAGAAGAUUAUGAUGAUAUCACUUGUUGUUAGUGGAGUGUUGCUUUUUCUGUGUUGUUUCUGGAUUUUUAGAUUGAAGAAUUCUACUGAGAAGAGCCAGCAGUUAUUGGAUAUUGCAAAAGGGCGGGCCCUGUUACCAAUUUUGGGUAAACUGAAUUCCUUGAGGAUGGGAGGUGGCAAGAGGGGCAAUGUUGCUGUUCUGGAUUACCAUUUAUUGGAAGCGGCGACAAACAAUUUUGAGUCAAGUUGUAAGAUAGCAGAAGGAGAUCUAGGAUGUGUUUACAAAGCUUUUUUGGGUGAUAACUUAAAUGCUGCGGUGAAGAAGUUUGAUGGUCAAGGUACGGACGUAAGAUUUCAGAAUGAGGUGGAGUGGUUGAGCAAACUACAGCAUGGAAACAUUAUCACGCUCUUAGGCAUCUGCAUACAUGAGAACGCUAAGUUUCUGGUCUAUGAAAUGAUGGAGAAUGGUUCAUUAGAAACUCAGUUGCAUGGCCCUUCUCGCGGUUCAGCAUUGGAUUGGUCUUUAAGAGUGAAAAUAGCCCUUGAUGUUGCUAGAGGAGUAGAAUAUCUGCAUGAGCGAUGUGAUCCUGCAGUCAUUCAUAGGAAUCUUAGAUCAUCCAACAUACUUCUAGACUCUAACUUCAAUGCUAAGGUAUCAGCUUUUGGUGUAGCUGGUACUCAUGUAGGGUUGCAAAGCAAGAAUAACUUGAAGAUUUCUGAAACUUCGGGUUAUUUAGCACCGGAGUACUCACCGGUUGGUAAACUAACAGACAAGAGUGAUGUUUAUGCCUUUGGAAUCAUCCUUCUAGAGUUAUUGACUGGAAUGAAGCCUGUGCAGAACAUGUCACCUACUCAUCAUCACCAAUCUCUUGUGACUUGGGCUAUGCCCCAGCUCACUGACAGAUCAAAGCUCAGAAAUAUUUUGGAUGUUGUGAUCAGAGAUAAAAUGGAUCUUAAUCACCUAUAUCAGGUUGCAGCUGUAGCUGUUUUGUGUGUACAACCUGAACCAAGUUACAGACCUUUAAUAACAGACGUCUUGCAUUCUCUUAUUCCACUUGUACCAGUUGAGCUAGGAGGAUCUCUACUACGACCCACAUAAACUGGCAACCACUAAAAACCUUGAUCAGAAAAGGAUCUGUUUGUAAAUUCCAACUAUAUCACGGUGUGUCUUAAUUAAUGUCUUAUUAAGAUGAUCUGAGCUUAGUCAUAUACUCAUCCAUCCUUAAUACAGAAUUACAGAAUUAUACAAAUAAUUUUCUGCUUUCAGUUUCUGUUAUAGAAACUACUGCAGUGAUGUUGAACCAGCAGCUUUUGAGUAUUGAAUGACUGAAUACGGGAAUAGAUAGAUGUUUCAUAGUAAUGCAAUGCGUGUAUAACUCGUGUUCUUUUGUGCUUUGCAUUGAUGUUACCCAUCCAAAAGUAAAAUUGUAGCAGGAAUCAUAUUAAUGAUGCUCACAAUAUUUUUUUCCUGAA